GUCUUAUUGUCUUCAUUUUCAAGCGUUUUGCUUUAAAAUUAAAACUAUUUACAGUGAUUUUGGAAGUUAAAAUAAUUGUUAAAUUCUUGCAUUUUUAAAGUUAACAUUAUGUCAUGUUUUAUAGAAAGGAUAUUCCUGUAGACACAGAUUAUAAAAUGGCUUUCACAUUUGCUGCGUUCUGUUAUAUAUUAGCCUUAGUAUUAACUGCUUUUCUAAUAUUCUUUGCAAUAUGGCAGAUAAUUGCGUUUGACGAGUUGAAAACCGAUUACAAAAACCCAAUUGACCAAUGCAAUAGUUUGAACCCGUUGGUCUUACCAGAAUAUGCAAUCCACGUUUUCUACAACUUAUUGUUUCUAUGGGCGUUUGAAUGGCUAACGGUUCUCCUUAAUCUGCCGUUAAUAGCUUACAAUGUAUACCGAUACAGCAAGCGUCCUGUGAUGUCCGGCCCCGGUUUAUACGACCCCACCACCAUCAUGAAUGCUGAUAUAUUGUCUUACUGCAUGAAAGAGGGCUGGGGAAAACUGGCUUUCUAUCUUCUUUCAUUCUUCUACUAUUUGUACAGGUGUUUUGCAGGAUGAUUUAUGUUCUGGUGACAUAUUGAGUUUCGAGGGAAAAGAAAAAAAAUGGAUAAUUUAUGAAUUUUUGGGAACGAUUCAACCAUUUGUGCCAGAAGCUGCAACACAGACAAUCUUUAUAUUUGGGGCAGAAAACCAAAAGUUUCUGAAACAUCUAUUCAAGUGUUUACCCAUGUGCUAAUCUUAUCAUAUUAUUAACUAUCGGUACUUCAAUGUUUGGCAGUCACGUUUAUAAUGCAUUAGCAUGUAAUCUUAACCUGAUGGAGCCACAGUGUAAAACACAUACAAAUUACACCAACAAUAUUUAUAUGAUUUCACAUUCAAGCUGGACCAUGAGAUUUAAUAUUAAAUAUUGAAGCAUUUAUGUUUUACACGUUCCGGCUGCAGUUUAUAUCAUUGUAAUUUAGUUUGUGCGCGUUGUAUAAGGAUUAUGCUGGCGUGUCAGAAAUAAAAUCAAUUUGCCAUGUA